UUCGAUUUUUGUUUGGUUUUGGUUGGUUGCUGUGAAGGGCAUUGGAUUAGAAUUGUAUGUUUUUGAUUCGAUCGAAUUGAUUUGAAGUGUGUGUACCCAGCAGAAACAAAUUGUUUGUAAAAUGUUUUUCGGUUUCGGUGGUUGUGAUCAAUCAUACAAUCGUGAUGUGGAUGAUGAGAAUAUAAUUGCCUCACGUGUUGCUCAAAUACAUUUCGAUGGACUUGAUCGUACUAAACAUGAUAUCCUACAGGAAUUGGUCAAGCCCAUUUUACAAUCAACCGAUUUGCCCGAAACAUUGAUGCAAGUUAAUUUUGUUCGUCAACGUUUCUAUGAGCUAGGUCUAUUUCGAAAUGUUCAGGUUUCGGUCGAUACGAUCAAUAAAGAUUCGGCCAAGAAUGAUGAUGGCGAUCAACCAGUUGAAUUAGCCAUUACGUUUAAUGUGGAAGAAACACGGAGAUAUGCCGGGUCAAUAUUUUGUUCGGGUAAUCAUAAUGAAGUGUCCGGUAAUGUUGAAUUACGAAGUCCGAAUCUUUUCGGAAGAGGCGAAGAAAUACGAUGCCAAUUCGAACACAGCCUACGAUAUUAUGCGACCUAUUCGACAACAUUUUCCAAACCAUUGAUCCGUACACCGUGGAAAAGUUUACGAUCAAGUUUAGACUUGACCAUGUUACAACUAUCGAAUUAUUGCCAAUGGAGUGGAUACAAACAAUUGAAUCGCAAUCUAUUGCUUGGCCUCAACAUUCAACCACAUCCUCUGCAUCGACAUCUAUUUCAGUGGGAAACAUCAUGGCGAUAUUUGUCCGGACUUGGUCAAGCCGACUUCGAAAUAAUCGAACAAUUUGACCAUUCACUUAAAUCUUCCAUUUCGCAUACCUACACUUAUGAUAAACGAGAUAAUGCCGUAUUGCCAACCAAAGGUAGCAUGUUCAAGAUGUUCAACGAAUAUGCUGGUUUUCAGAAAUUGGCCACAUCGUUUCGCAAACAUGAAUUUGAAUUUCAACAUAACCUUGCAUCAUUUUUACAAUUAUCAUUCAAGGGUGGAGCGAUGAAAAGCUACAACAAUACUACAGUGAGUGACAAAUUUUUUCUUGGUGGUCCAUUAAAUCUUCGUGGAUUCCAAAUGUGUGGUGUUGGACCGCACGGCAAAGAAGGUUUAAGUGCCUUGGGUGCACUCAAAUAUUGGGUCGGUGCCGUACAUUUUCAAUAUCCGUUGCCAUUCAAAAAUAUUUUCGAUCAAUAUCUACGGUUACACGGAUUUUUGCAGGCAGGUUCGAUAUCGAAUAAAUUCAGUGAACUGGGCGAAAAUAUUCGAACAUCAUGCGGUGGUGGAUUAAUAUUUGCCUUCGGCAAUAAUGUGCGACUAGAAUUGAAUUAUUGUCUGCCCUUAUUCAAUCAAAGUUAUGAUAAAAUACAACGUGGUAUUCAUUUCGGUAUCGGAAUGACCUAUGUUUAGAGAGAUGAUUGUAUUGUGUUUGUGUGGCAAAUAAAUUAUUAUUGUUGAUGAUUAGUA